CAGAACUCUUGAUCUCUUGAAUCCUGCUCGUUGCCUGACCCUAAAGAUGAAGACUUUGGCCAUCCUGCUUUUCUGCUCCCUGGCUGUCAUCUGUCUGUCUUCAGACUCCAUGGACUCCCAGGGUGACGAUGACAACAACGGUCGCCGUAACAACUAUCGUCUGUACGACAGCUACGCUCGCCAUGACAAUGGCUACUACGACAACGGCCGUCGCGACAAUGGCUACUACGACAACGGACGCCGCGACAAUGGCCACUACGACAACGGCCGCCGUGACAAUGGUUACUAUGACAACAAUGGCCGUCGCGACAAUGGUUAUUAUGACAGCUACAAUAAUGGUCACCACGGUGUGUUUGUGGAUCAGAGGCAGGCCGCCGCCGUCGUGCAACCCAGGGCCGCUCCUCGGGAGCUGACCUUGACCCAAGUGGAGAACCUGAGAGAGGUGUGCGAGUCCAACGUGGCUUGUGAGCACAUGAUGGGCACAUCUGGAGUCGUCGCCGCCUACAACGCCUACUACGGCGCUGUUCCUUAUUAGAAGCCAAACCACGACAAUUGGCUCCACCAUUAUCACUUCAUUUGCUUUUUAAUGCUUUUUAUAUCACCUUCUUCCUUGUGGUCAAACCCUCAAUCUAUGCAAAGAACCCCUCCGCCCCCCCCCAAAAAACAUGCAAAAACAUGCCCGACAGUGCACUAACUGCGUGGGAGCAGAGUGAGAGGAAUAGCACUGGCAUGUGAAAUGAUUUUUCCAUUCUGUACAGACCAACACAGAUUUCUAUAUGAUUCUAUCACCGCUGUCAGCCUGUAGAG